AUGGCCCAAAUCGGCAAGGUCGACGAAUUCAAGCCAGAAAAUGAGCCGUGGACUGCAUACGUCGAGCGGCUGGAACAGUUUUUCGAUGCUAACGACAUAGAUCAAGGGAAGAACUGGCUGAGAGAACUAAAGCUCAACUGGAAACUGAUCAAAUAUGUGACAGCGACAAAGCCACAUACCAUUCAGGACUUGCUGGACAAAUACUGUGACGUGUUCAAGGACGACUUGGGCACUCUCAAGGACAUUACAGCCUCCAUCAUCGUGAAGCCAGAGCGCAUUAUGGAAAACAUCAUGAAGGAUUUGCCAGUGGUUGUCUACCUGGAUGACCUGUUAAUCACUGGACGCAAUAAAAUGGAGCACAAUGAUAACUUGGAAUAUGUUCUGCAACGUCUACAGGAAAAUGGGUUGCGAGUGAAACGUUCCAAGUGUGAGUUUGACAAAGAGCAGAUUGAGUACCUGGGACACGUGUUGGACGAGCACGGCAUCCACCCAGCAAAAGACAAGUACCGGACCACCCCCAACUGCACAACAGGUCAGUCUCCAGCGGAUCUAUUUCUUCACAGACACGUCCGCACCCGGCUGGAUUUCUUGAAGCCUAACACCAAAGAGACUGUUCGACGGCUGCCCUUUGACUCCUCCACCGACUACUAUGGCUGUGACUAA